AAACGGGUGCUUUGAUCAUCUCCACAUCAGUCGUGAAGUCACAGAGCGCCCAUUCAGAAAGAUAUGUUCCAAAGAACCCAAAAUCUUCAUGCAUUGCUGUAUGAAAUCUCCAAAGUUUCAAACGUCGGUUCUCGGGCGGCGUCUUCCGCCACAACAAGUACGUUGACCAAGAAUUUCAACGGGGCUGAGCCGAGCCAAACGCCGUUCAAAGGAAACCUAAGCACGGUUGCGCAACCAGUGGAUUCGUUCGAAGCUCCGAAUGUUUUCGAGCCGAAAAUCCAUGUUCAGACUAAGAUCCCAGGGCCCCGUUCUAUUCAACUCAAAGAUGAUCUCCAAACGAUGCAACAAAUGGGGACCGUCUCCUUCUUCAGUGACAUGUACAAGUCUCAGGGGAAUUACUUAGCUGAUGUGGAUGGCAACGUAUUCUUGGACUGCUUUAUGCAAAUUGCAUCCAUCCCUUUGGGCUACAACCAUCCAGCCAUACUGGAAUCAUUGUCCAAACCGCACAACGUCCAAUUGAUGGCCAACCGUCCAGCUAUGGGUUGGUUCCCAACGGAAGAUUGGGCAGUGAAAAUGCGGGAGCUGUUCAUGUCUGUGGCUCCCAAAGGUCUGGACCAGGUCUAUCCCAUGAUGUGUGGAACUUGUUCCAAUGAGAAUGGAAUCAAGCUGAUGUUCCAACGCUACAUGCAUCAUCAACGUGGAGGCAGAACGGAUUUCAAUGAGGAAGAGCUCACUUCCACUAUGAAACACGAGGCUCCCGGAUCUCCGGAUUUGUCCAUCUUGGCCUUCAAGGGAGCUUUCCACGGGAGAACUGUGGGUCUCUUGAGUUGCUCUCACUCACGCCCUAUCCAAGGGGUGGAUAUUCCAACCAAGAAAUGGCCCAAGGCUGAAUUCCCGCGAUAUCGUUACCCACUUCAAUCGUUUGAGCAAGAAAACAAAGUGGAAGAUGACCGCUGUUUGGCCACCGUUGAAGAACAGAUCUACAAUCAAACCCAAUUGGGCUCUCCUGUGGCAGGGAUUAUUGUUGAACCUAUUCAGGCUGAAGGUGGCGAUUACCACGGGUCCAACUAUUUCUUCCAACAAUUGGGCAAAAUCACUAGAAAGCACAACAUCUCGCUUCUGUUUGACGAGGUUCAAACCGGUGGUGGUGCCACUGGAACCAUGUGGUGUCAUGACCAAUUCGACAUGGAACACGGCCCCGAUAUUGUAACAUUUUCCAAGAAAAUGCUCAGCGGAGGAAUUUAUCAUAAUCAGGAUCAUCGGCCAGCUCAACCUGGCCGAAUUAUCAACACUUGGGUGGGAGACCCUCAUAAAAUAGUCAUGCUGGAGGCGGUUUUGCAAACAAUCCAAAGAGAUAAUUUGUUGACAAGAGUUCGAAGAUCGGGUGACGUCAUGGUCAAGGGACUUCUUGAACUCGAGGAAAUGUAUCCGGACCUUGUUCACUCAUCACGUGGCCGAGGUACAUUCUGCGCAAUUGACGCAUCAACUGCGGAGAUUAGAGAUGCCAUUAUCAACCAGAUGAAACUCGUCGGGGUUCUGGUUGGAGGAUGUGGAACUCAAACGAUCCGUCUACGACCAUCUCUCAUAUUUGAAGAGCAUCACGCACAUCUCAUGUUGGAGAAAUUCCACGACGUCCUGAGUUCUUUGCGCAAAUGAUUAUCUUUUUAUAUCCGAACGAAUGUUUUGACAGCAUUUAUACUAUGGAAACAUGUGUCUAGUUUUUAAGACCCCUUUUGCCAAAUGGAUACCAAGAAGUUUAAUGUAUUUUCACACAAACAUGCAUGUUAAUAUUACCGAGUCCUUAAAUGAAAUCAAGCCAAUAAAUGAUUAAGCCCAAA